AUGACCACAGCUUCAGCAACAGGCGCGAUUCGCAACGCCUCCGCAACGCCUCCGCAACGCCUCCGCAACGCCUCCGCAACGCCUCCGCUCGCAGAAGGUGCAGCCCCUGCCGUUUACCCGCACACACCGCGGGCAGACGCAGCAACAAGAGCAGACCACGCUGGACUGACCAUUCACGCGGGCUGGAGUGAGGAUUACUCUGGGAUCCAAGGCGCAAACGAUCACCGCUGUUUUGGAAUAUCCUCACCUUAA